AUGCUUGGAUUAAUUUUUCGCAAUUUUGUGAGAAAAACAUAUAUAAUCAUAAAAUGGAGGAUUUUUUAAGGUACCGAUCUGCGGAUCGGCACCACUCAUCCUGCAUUUUAUGAUUAUGAGGCUUGGCUUUAUAUAGGAAUUAUAUUCCGGCCAAGGCAGGUAAACAACUUGGAGGUGAGGCGCCUGCCCUUUGGCCUGCAAUUAGAGAAUCUGGAAGGCCUGCGGUUUUUCACUUCCAUCCUGCAGCAGCGAAGGUGCCUUUAGUCGGUGCACAGCAUCAAGGAAGACGGAACUCGCUAACUCUUGAGCCGUCGAAGUCCGCAUACCCUUUCCAAGUGUACUCUAGCAACCAAAGCAAGCCUGCCCAGUAUCCUGUAGGCCUGACACGUGUAAAAAUGGUGGAAAUAUUGGUGAGGCCACCCCGUAGUGUACCUUAGCGAGGCACUACACAUCUAAAUUUCUUUAAUUUAAUUUAAAUGAGAAAAACAUCUAGCUCCCCCCCCUCCGUGAGUGAGCAAAACCAUUAGAAAAAUCGCUAUUUUUUGCCCAAAAAUCCACCCUCCGUGAGUGAACAAAAAUUUUUAAUAGAAAAAAUUUUUUAUGAAAAAAAAUUUUGAGAUAUAAGUGAUAAUUAGUAUAAUGAAAUCUAGAGCUGAUUCUGUUUAAUUUUAAACGAAUUGCUUUUUUAAAACAUAAAUUUUAUAAAUUAAAUUAAUAUUUGCUUUCAAAUUUUUGCGAAUUAGGAUUUUUUUAAAUUUUAAAAAAAAAAAUUAACCCUCCUCCGUGAGUGAACAAAAUUUUUUUGUUCAAUCACGGAGGGCGGGGACUAAGGCAAUUCCCAAGCAAACUCCUAAACCUCCAACCACAAACAAAUUGGAGUUCCCAGAAGACUUUAAAAAACUAGGUCUAAAGAAAAAAGAAGUCGACCCUGAAGUCGCCGAUAUUUAUAAUCGCUUAAAAGCUAAAGGUGCAGACAAGCUCGUAGACAAAAUCAUUGACCAAAAAAUAAAGGAUGGCGAAGAAGACGAACUAUUCAGCCAAGUUUUUCAAACAGAUAUCGGUGAAGAAAGAAAAUUACACAAUCCUAAGCCAGACUUUCCUGCAGAAAAUCGUCAAGAACUAAUGAGCUACGAAGAAAUGGAAAAAUACGAACGAAAUUUCCCAGUUGAGCUUAAAGAAAAAGCAGAGAAGCUUCUUGAGCAAAAAGUACUCGAAAGCAAAUUGAUGGAAAAUUUCAAAAAAACAGUAAGUGAGGAUAUUGAUAAAGCGACUGGGAGAGUUGACAACAGAAGAGAGCUAGAAAAACAUGAGGAAUUUGAUGACCCAUUUCCAUUGGAUGAAAAAGAAAAACAUUCAUAUUGGGAUGAAAUGAUGGAAGAUCUUGAUCCUGGACUCAAAAAACAUUUUGCACAAAAAUCUUUAAAUGAUAAAAAAAUGCUGGUUAAACAUUUACAACAACUGUAAGGCUUAUUUAGGGAUAAAAUAGGUUUUUGAUAUUUUUAUUUAAUUUUUCUUAGAAAUUGAUUUUUUUUAAAUUAUAAAGUUUAUAUAAAAUUCAGCUAAAAAGGCAAAUCCGAGAUCUUUACAAAAAAUUUAAAAUUGAGACGCACGAAGAAUAAAUAAAAUGGCGUCUCGGCCAGGGCAUUGCCUCCUGGCAAUGCAGCCUUGAGUGCAUUUUAUUUAUAUUCGGCAAGGCUUUGCCAACUUAGAAAUGAACAGAUAUUAUGCAAGCAAUCCUAGUAAUUUGCAAAGUCUAACCCUAGUUAGCUUUCAGGAUUGGAUUUAACCUCAAAGGAAAAGGUGAGUUCAGAGUUGGAGAGGGAAAGCUUAGCAGCGUCUACUGGCAAUGCCUAGGCCAUUCAAGCAGCUUCCUAGUGUGAAACUGGGAUAUAAGCCUCAGGCUUUGAAUUUUUCAUUUUUUGCCGAUACUGACCAGAGCUUCCAUUUUGGGAUUUUUGUGUGGACAGCCUUCGUCAAGCCCAAGCAGCAUACUGCAGAAAUCCAUAGCUUUUCAACUCAACAUUGUGAUUGACAAGACAAGGAGGAGACAAAGUCACAAAACCCUACUUCACAGAUACCAUGGCGUCAGUGGUGAAGAAGAGGAAAGGUUGUGCUCGAGCCGUAACUCGCCCCGUGAGCCAUCUAACUCAAAAAAGUUCUCCCUGCCAUCAUCGCAAAAAAAGGUGAUUCCCCAGGAUCCUUGCUGGCUGUUUACCAAUAGGCAGCAGCCAAAUGUGUAAUAAUUUUAAGUUAAGCUUAAGAGACGCGCGAUGAAAACGAACCUAAAAAAGUGGAUAUUUAUAUUGAAUCAGCCCAAAGAAAUGUAAAAAGAUGGCUUGAAAAAAUUUUAAACACCGACAAAAGAGUUUUCACUGGCGAAGUUUUCCAAAAUGGCUUUAUAGAAGUCUUCAAAGUCAAUCUAAGCCCCAGCAUGUCAGUCUGCACAAUAUUUUUUGACAUGUUUUUCCCUUCAAUAUCUAAUAGAGUAGACGAUCCAAAAAGAAAAGAGGCUAUUGAAACAGUCAGAAGAAAACUAAUCCAUUCUUCCCCUUAUUUAAGGUCAAAAUUAACUAAUUGUGUAGGACUGAAAUAUGCUCCAGAGCUAAGGUGAAUUCCUUGGACUAUUGGUGCAGACCAAAGUCAAAUUUUGGUAAUUUUUAUAUAGAAUGGGGUGCCUGAUGAAGAAACUAUCAAUAGGAAUUUGCUGACUGCAAAAGGUGAGGAAUUAAAAUUAAUUACAGAGCCAAAACUGCCAGGCAGAAAUGCAGUCAAAAAUGCUAAAAAAAGGAUGAAAAAAACUGAGGAGGAAGAAAAAGAUUUAGACCAGCUUAGAACAGAGAAGUAUAAAGAGAAAAUUAAAAAAGAAAAAGAAAAAGAAAAAGAAAAAGAGAAGGGAGGAAAAAAACACACAAAGCCAUUCUGGAUUGAAAAGCGGGAUAAAGAAAAAAAGAAUAUAAGAUAUAAGUAA